AUGAUUGAUCUUUUCGGAUCGCCUUUACUUGAUCAAAUUCAUCAAGAACUCAAGCCGACGCAACAAAUUGCAUUGGAUCCUAAAUUCGAAUCAAAAUUUAGGGAAGCCAUCAAAAAAGCAAAUAAAAAUUCGCGUGAUGAUGCAAUAGAUUGGCUUUCUGCAGAGCUUGUAAACAAUCGAAAUUUGAAGAACUUCGGCUCUGUUAUAUUAAAAGGAUUAGAGACAUUACCCGCUGAUAAAAUCAGAAACGAACCCAGUGAAACAUCACUUAUUACUAAUCACUUAGACUACAUUAUGAAAGGCAUUUUUCAUGGCCCAGACAAAUACAUCGUUCAAUGGCCGAAUACAGCAUUGGACGAGAGUAAGUCGAGGAAAUUCGAAGGAAGGACAAAACAACCAGACUUUGUUGUCUCGGUUAUUCAUCAACUUCAAACGGUUGCUGUUACUGUUAUAGGGGAGGUCAGCCCUCCGUCUCAAAAAGCUAAUGUUUAUAAAAACUGCAAUGAUCUGAUUCGACUCGGCGUCUUCAUGAAAGACUGUGUGGAUUUUGCCAUAGACAAAGGUGCCGAAAUCAAUGUAAUUGGUUUUCAAUGUGUCGACCAUACGGUCGACUUUUAUGCGACUAAUCUUGUUAAUGGGAUGUAUGUUAUGGUCCAUAUUGGACAAGUUUCUAUUCCAGCAUCAUUAAAAGAGAUGCUUUCCUUUGUCGAUGAUAUAGAAGUAUUUUUACGCAUAAAAGAGGUUUUUAUAAAAUCAUUUGAUACAUUUUACAAUAAGAUUCGCAAUCCUAGUUCACUAUCAAAAAAUGUAAAAUUCAAACGGGAUACCCUUGCCACACCAAAAUUCAACAAGCUC